AGUUGAAGUCCAUUUAUGCCACACAUUUUAUCUAUUUCUGCUAGUAAGUUUACAUUAAAAUGGUGCGAUGGAUGUUAAACAAUACUUAACUGUAUAUAUUGUAUCAUACAUUGAUAUUACAACUCAGGAUAAUUUGUAUACUGUAACAAUAUUGUUUUGUUCUUUGUGCCCUUGUUAUACCUCAUUUUAUUUAGUGAGUCAUUAGCAAUGUGUUGUUGUUUCUGAUUGUGGAAUUUACAGUUAGGUUACACCCAUUAAUUACUAGAUCCCCUGAUAUAGUUUGGUAAAUGAAGUCUUUGUAUCUGCUCAGAUAAAUUGUGGCAUUUGAAUCCAUAAUUGAUAUGUUUCUAAAAGUUAAACCCAGAUGUUAUCAGUAUAGUAUUAAUAUGGUGUAAUAAAAUGUAAAUCCAUUAUGAUACUGUCACACUCAAAGCUGUCAGGUAUCUUUAUUGAUGUUUUCUGCGAAAAGUGUUUCAAUUACUUGUUUUUUUUUUUAAUUGCCCUUGUAGGCAGACGAUCAUACGGCCCACCUGAUGGUGAGAGAUUAGCAUCGCCCAUGGACUUCAGCAAUGCCAGGGCAGAGCCAAGCCGCGGCCUACCGCUUAAUACUCUCCACAAGCUUCGUUUGAAGAAGGACAUGUCAUAGCGUUUGGGAAACACCGUGGAGGGGAGCUCAUUCCAUAGCCGGAUGGCACGUGGCAAAAAAGACCUCUGGAAACGCACUGUCGAUGAACGCAGCGGUUCCAGAUAAUAUGGAUGAGCUCUGCUCCGAUGGCGAGAGGUGCGGUGAUAAAAGGGAGAUGAGGGGAUCAUCUCAAACAAUUCCUCAGAGCAUUCCCCAUGGAACAUACGGUACAACUUGUUACUAACGUUUUGUAGGUCUAGACUGUCCCAGGCAGUUUCAGCGUCCAUUCUCUAUGUGAUUAGGCGCCUUACGGAGUACUGUUAUGUUUUUGAAGUGAAACUUCUUUAGGCGCGUUGAGACUAAAAUUUAACUUGCGAUAGAUUCGUUACGGCUAGAGACAAAAGAUACAAUUUAGGAAGAGCGAGAGUGAAAAAAUGGACAGAGCGUCUCGACCGUGGAGAGGGAAAGGACAAAGCGAGCUCUCUUAUACACGCAUUCCCUAUUACAAGAGAAAAUUUAAUUAAGGACAAAAAAUUAAGAAAACCACAAUACUACACACCGCAAAAGAAGUUUCACUUCUUUCACGUGCACCAAGUUGCAUGCGCACCAUUUUUUUAUUUCCAUUGGCUGACGAGCAGGUGGACCAUCUUAUGAUAAGUGGUUACCGUUCUUCGUGGACAUCAUUAAAAUUGUAAGCGUACCCAAGUCACUCUCUACUCCUGAGGGUUCCUGUGAAACCAUAUUUGAUCACAUCUAAACACACGCUGAGCAUCAUGGAUUGAAGUUAAUUGAAGCUAACGGGCGGAGGGCGAAAUAAGGACCUGAAUCACAAGUGCUCUUCAGAUCCAUUGUCUGCGCCUAUCAGCGUAUGACCACAGCUCUAGCUCGGUCUUCAGUGUCGGCGCAGGGAUGCCCGUACAUCUGGAGCGAAACUUGAAGAACUGAACACGCGUUUCUCAUGCCCUUUCAACGUCCAUGCAGUAUAACGUAGUCUCAGCGAAUCUUUCUAUUGCGGCAGUGUAGGGGUCCGUUCGAAAUACACGGCCUUUGCCCAAAACACGUCAUUACGGAUCCUCCCGAUCCAUUAACGGUGCUUUUAGGUACCACAAGCACCAGUCACUGUCCUCGUCGAACCCGUCGUUUGCGACGAAGGGCUCGACGGGCGAAUUAACCCACAGACACAGCCCGCUGAGUUUCUCGCAGAAUAUUCUCAGUGGGUUACGUUUCCGAUCCGGUGGAAGAUUCUACGAAGAACUGCUCUUGCUAGGGCCAGUUUUAGCAACACUCCGGUUUGAGCCCCGUUAGCUCACCUACACGUUAGGGCGAAGCUGAUAUAGCCUCUCAAGGCUAUCAGCAUAGGUAGGAAAAAAAAACGCAGCCUUAAUAUGAGCACAUAGACAACCAACUGGCAGGCAGGCAACGCUGUUUUAUUUCCGUUGGCAAGGAUCUGUGACACCUUACGAAGCAUUUCCAUUUCAAUCACUACUAAAUUAUUUUGUGAUAAUAAUAAUUCUCUAAUCACACACAUUACAGUACAGAUGUCGCUAGUUUGUCGUUAAGUUGUUUAAAUAUACGUCGCAUAAUAAUAUCUAACAUUCAAAACUGCCUACCACAAUCCCCUAAUUAUCACUUUUUCGUCGUGUCCUAAAAGAUAAGAUGUCCGGUGCAUUCGUAUCUAGCGAUGCAACGGUCUUCGAAUCCUGCAGGCGGGUACCAAUUUUUUUUAUGAAAUACGUACUUAACAAAUGUUCACGAUUGACUUCCACGGUGAAGGAAUAACAUCGUGUAAUAAAAACCAAACCCACAAAAUUAUAAUUUGCGUAAUUACCAGUGGUAGCACCUCUUGUGAGUUCGCACGGGUAAGUGCCAAAACACCCUGCCUAUUUCUACCGUGAAGCAGUAAUGCGUUUCGGUUUGAAAGGUGGGUCAGCCGUUGUAACUAUACUGAGACCUUAGAACUUAUAUCUCAAGGUGAGUGCCGCAUUUACGUCAUAGAUGUCUGUGGGCUCCAGUAACUACUUAACACCAAAUGGGCUGUGAGCUGGUCCACCCAUCUAGCAAUAAAAUAAAUAAAUAAAUAAAUAACUCACAUUUCGAUACCAGUUUGAAACUUAUUAAGUGCUUUGAAUUUUAACAUGCUCCUUAUGUUUAUAUCUUAUCGUGGCAAUAUCUAUGAAGUCUCCGGACUUAAGUUAAUAGCACACAAAACCGUUUUAUUUAUUUCUAGUGAAUUAUUAAUAAUAAGGUACUGUACGAAAUGUCGAGGAAAGGGAAACAUUUGUACGAAGCAGUUGACGCCAUACCAAGUCCGUAUAUAGUCCUGUUGUUGGGUGCAUAUUUCUUACUAGGAUACCUGACGCAGCUGGUGGAAGAUGAGUUGCCAACGCCGCUCCGAGAUUCAGAUAUUAACAGAGACACAACAGACAGAGUCAGCGAGGAGUCGUCGUGGAGAUAUUUAUAUGAGAUAAUGGGUGAGGAGCCCAGGGUCUGCGGCACGGAAUACCAUCUAAACAAGACCAGGGACAUGAAGGCGAUAGUGGACCGCAUAGCUGUCACUGCCAACCAGAAUGUUAGGACUGACUGGCAGAUUGUCACAGGAGAUUACUUCUUAAAGUCAGCGGCGCCAUUUGUCAGCUACUACGACCGCGCCUCCAACAUUGCAGCGCUGUUGGAAGGAGAGAGUGGUUUCCAUGGCAACGGCACCAUAGGCAGUUCGAUCCUCGUCAACUGCCAUUACGAUUCUGUACCGUAUGCCUUGGGGGCAUCAGACAAUGUGAUAUUUUGCGCCGCGAUGGCCGAGACGUUAGCGAGGAUGUCCAAGAGAACAAAAAAGCUCAAACACAACAUCAUAUUCCUGUUCAACGGCGCCGAGGAGAAUCCUUUACAGGGUAGCCACGGCUUUCUCCAGCAUCCUUGGUCCAAGGGUGUGACGACGCUCGUAAAUUUGGACUCCGCUGGAAGCAACGGGAAGGCCACCAUAUUUCAGGUGACUGACCCGAGGAUCCUGAGCGCCUACAAGGCGGCUGUGACCCGGCCCAGCGCUCAGAGCCUGGGGGAGUUCCUCUUCUCCUCAGGGGUCAUACCGUCCGAUACGGAUUUCAGGAUAUUUAGAGACUUCGGAGACGUUCACGGUGUUGACAUAGCGUUCACGAAGUGGGGCAACCUGUACCACACCAGGUUCGACCGCCCGGAGUACAUCCGGCCGGGCGUGCUGCAGUGGGCCGGGGACAUGCUGCUGGGUCUCCUCACCCAGCUGGCUGACCGGGACGACAUCGGACACAAGGUCCCCCCUGCCGGCGCCGUGUACUACGACUACCUCAACUGGUUCGUGGUGUGGCAGUCGCCGGCGCUGUCCCUACUGGUGGACGCCGCCGCGGUCCUGGCCGCCCUCGUCAGCACAGCGCACUACGUGUGGCUCGUGGGGCCUCGGUUGUCAACGGUACGCGAGUUGGCAUUCGCCGUGGCGGGUCGGGUGGCGGCCCUGGUGGUCGGGGCGGGGGUGGCGGCCCUAGUCACCCUGCUGAUGGUGGCCACCACGGUGCAACUGCGGUACCUAUCUCGACCCUGGCUGGUGGUGGCGCUGUACUGGGUGCCGUAUCUGGUCAGCGCCGUGACUGCGUCUCACCUGUAUGACUCCUGGAGGAGCCGCAAGAGCGGAUUGAACAGAUCGAUUCGCACCUUACAAGCCAUGACCGCUACCCGGGUCGUGCUGACAGUGCUAUUGUCAGUGUCGAUGUGCGUGCCGAGCCUGGCGACGGCGCGCUACGCGCUGAGCGUGCCGCUGCUGAUGACAUCCGUGACGUCACUGGUGACGUCGUCCGUCGUCCGAACCGUCCGCCUGAAGGCCUACCAACACCUAGUGCUGGAGUGCGUGGUGUCGCUGCCGUGCGUGAUGUUCACGAUGAGCCUGGCGCUGCGGCUGAACGCUCUGCUGCUGCCCACGGUCGCGCGCUCGGCGUCUGCGAAUCCCGACCUGGUCGUGGCCGCCGUCAAUGUCGCCCUCGCCGCCGUUGUCAGCGCCGCCGUGUCCGGGGUGGAGCUACUGUUCUCGAGGCGGCGCCUGUGGCUGUCCCUGGCGGGGCUGGGGGCCGCGGCCGCCGCCCUCGCCCUGACGCCGCUGGAGCCCUACGCGGCCUCCGUCCCCAGCGUGCAGAGGCACUACUGGUUUCACACACAAAUAACGACAUACAAUAUAAACGGCGAACAAACAGAUCAGACCACUGGAGUCUUUGUAUCGAGACAGGACGCCUACACCACGGAGCGAGUGUUGCAAGCUCUAAAAACUAAAGGGAUACACCUGAACACGCGGACUGAUUUUGAGGAGGAUUGUGAGAGGCACGUCUACUGCAACCUGCCGCUGUACAGGACAUCAUUCGCCAGGAACCUGGCUAGAGGCUUGUUCCUGUACACGGGGGGACCCACCGCCACUGACCCCCCCGCGGGCCUGGCGCUGUCUUCCCGCAGUUGUGUUGGAGACACUUGUGUCUACAGCUUUACGAUGACCGGGACAGCACAUAACCUGAUAACGUUGGUGCCGUCAGAGGGGGUCACGCUGACGGCGUGGACGCUGUCAUCCCCCGCGUCCCCCUCUACGCAGUGGGGGGGCAGGCCGCUCUACGUCAUAUUUCAUUCAGUGGCCACCUAUACGGAACCCUUUGAACCGUUUGUCUUCAACGUAACUCUAAACAUGGGGGCGGCGCUGAGUGGGGCGGCGCUGCGGCUGUCCCUACACGCGCACCGCCUGCACCACCCCCACCAGUACUCGGCGGAGUACGCCGCACUCCUCCACUCCAUGCCAGACUACUUCAACGUGGCCAGCAUCCUCACCUUCAGAAACAACUACGUAUUUUGAACAUCCAGACGCCUCUCUCACAGCGUUUACACUGUAUUGCUAUUUGUAAAAUUAAAAGAUAUAAUAAAA